AUGACGGGACAGCAGACUCUUUAUCUCUUCGGAGACCAAACUUUUGAUGCUCAGCCGCACCUAGAGACUCUCCUACGAGGCAGGGACAACCCGGUUCUGGAGGCCUUUCUUCAGCAGACCUAUGAUGCCUUACGCCGCGAGAUCUACCAGCUUCCGGUCGAGGUCAGGGAGGCUCUCCCCCGGCUCACCUCGCUGGACGAUCUGCUGUUAUGGAAGCAUGGCGGUAGACGACUUAUAGCCCUGGAGAUGGCCCUGACUUGUCUUUAUCAACUCGGAACCUUCAUCAGCCAGGAAAGCGUUUGGGGUCUCCAUCCCAACGACACACGGAUACUUGGCCUUUGUACGGGAGCCUUGGCUGCCGCUGCGGUGAGCUGUAGCCGUAGCACCAUCGAGUUGGUGCCCUUGGCCGUCGAUGCUGUUGUCGUGGCCUUCAGGACGGGCCUACACGUCGCAGGCAUGGCACAACGAUUGGAAGCAGCUGAGACGGUAGAAGACGAGAGCUGGUCAGUCGUUAUCCCGGGUCAGUCAUCUGCCGACGCGGUUGCCAGCUUCAACAAGACGACGUUGUUGCCCCCGUAUGCCAAACCAUAUAUCAGCGCCCAUGCCCCAAACGGCAUCACAGUCAGCGGCUCGCCGCGCUCGCUUCGUCGGCUUCUGAGUUCAGACGGCCUACACAAACUCACAACAAAGAGUAUUCCCAUCUUUGCUCCUUACCACGCUCCCCACCUGUACUCGGCCCAGGACGUCGAGGAGAUACUCCAGGGCCUCGAGCGCCGCGGCAUAUGGUCCCACAUUCCCAUAUUCUCGGGCAGUGGCAACGUAGUUGAAUUGAGCAGCAGCUUCGAAAAGCUCUUGGAAAAUGCCGUCGAGCAUAUACUACUCCAGCCAAUCCGCUGGAUUCAAAUCCUCGAUCGGCUGCAGACGCACCUCCAAGGGGCGCGGCCCAAGGCCUUCCAGGUGGUGGCGCUGGGCACGAGGGCGGAUCAGCUGGUCUAUACCUCCCUCAAACAGACAUCGCUGGCCCCUUUGCUGUCCCCUCCGCCGUUGUCGCCGGGCUCUCAGCACCCCGACUCAAUCUCGUAUCCGAAUCCCUCGAAGCCGAAGCUGGCCAUUGUGGGCAUGUCCGGGCGGUUUCCCGGCGCCCAGGACAACGAGGCCUUCUGGGAUUUGCUGCACCGCGGCCUCGACAUGCACAAAGAGGUCCCCCCUCUGCACUGGGACGCCAGGACCCACGUAGAUCCAACGGGGGCCCGCAAGAACACGAGCAUUACCCCGUACGGGUGCUGGCUCGACGACCCGGCGAGCUUCGAUGCUCGGUUCUUCAACAUCUCGCCGCGGGAGGCGCCGCAGAUCGACCCGGCGCAGCGGAUCGCGCUCAUGACGGCGUACGAGGCCAUCGAGCAAGCCGGCAUCGUCCCCGACGCCACGCCCUCCACGAGAAGAGACCGCGUGGGGGUAUUCUACGGCGUUACCAGCCAAGACUGGUUCGAGACCAACAGCGCCCAGAAUAUCGAUACGUACUUCAUUCCCGGCGGCAACAUGGCCUUCAUCCCAGGGCGCAUCAACUACUUCUUCAAGUUCAGCGGCCCCAGCUUCGCCGUCAACACGGCCUGCUCCUCUAGCCUUGCCGCCAUCCACCUGGCCUGCAACAGCCUCUGGCGUGGGGACAUUGACACGGCAAUCACCGGCGGCACCAACAUCCUGACGAACCCGGACAUGACUGCGGGACUCGACAAGGGCCACUUUCUUUCGCAGACGGGCAACUGCAAGACCUUUGACGACGGCGCCGAUGGGUACUGCCGUGGAGAGGGUGUGGGGACGGUCAUUAUCAAGCGCCUCGACGACGCCAUCGCCGACAAGGAUCCCGUCUUGGGGGUUAUCCUGGGGGCCUACACCAACCACUCGGCCGAGUCCGAGUCCAUCACCAGGCCGCAUGUCGGAGCCCAACGCGCCGUCUUCAACAAGAUUCUGAACCAGGCCGCCGUGGAUCCGUACACGGUUGGGUAUGUGGAGAUGCACGGAACAGGAACCCAGGCAGGCGACGCGGGCGAGAUGUCCAGUGUUCUCGAUACGUUCGCACCGCGUCCGGAGCAAUCAAAGAGGGCCAACCGAACGAAGGCAGAGUCUCUCUUCCUGGGGUCGGCCAAGGCCAACAUCGGCCACGGCGAAGCCGCUUCGGGCAUGUCCAGCCUGAUCAAGGUGCUCCUGAUGAUGCAGAAAGACACGAUAGUGCCGCAUUGUGGCAUUAAGACCAAGAUCAACCACCGCUUUCCGACUGAUCUGCUCGAGCGUAAUGUGCAUAUAGCCCGCGAGCCAACCCGCUGGGCAAGGAGUACCGAUCCCAGGAAGCCUCGGAGAGCCUUUAUCAACAACUUCAGUGCCGCCGGCGGGAACACGGCCUUGCUGCUUGAAGAUGGCCCCUUGGACCCGGAGUCCGCCGACAGCACACCCGCGGACCCCAGAAGCCAUCACGUCGUCGCCGUUUCUGCCAAGAACGGGACGUCGCUACAGGGGAACUUGAGGUCCUUACUCGGGUACUUGCAACGGAACCCCGACGUGCCUCUAGGCCGCCUAUCGUACACGACCACCGCCCGGCGCAUCCACCACCAGCACCGUGUCAUGCUGACGGGCACCAGCAGCCUGGACCUUUGUCGCGAGAUCGACAGCGCACUCGAGCACCAGGCCGGCAUGACCCGACCCAAGGGCUCGCCAAAGGUCGUCUUCGCUUACACUGGACAGGGCGCACAGUACCCUGGGAUGGGAAAGGAGCUGUUUGAGAAUGUCUCUUUCUUCAGAACCGAGAUGCGCCGAUUGGACCGCAUGGGUCAAGCGCUGGGCUUCGCGUCCAUGCUACCCAUCAUACAGGCGGGAGCCGAUCAGCAGGACAUCGGACAGUUUCCUACCAUGACGGUACCGCUAGCCAGCGUCUGCAUGCAAAUAUCCCUGACCAAGUUGUGGGCGUCGUGGGGCCUGGCACCGACCGCCGUGGUCGGCCACAGCUUGGGCGAGUACGCCGCCUUGAACGCCGCCGGAGUCCUUUCCGACGCGGAUACCAUCUACCUCGUCGGCACCCGGGCUCGUCUGCUCCAAGAGAAGUGCACCAAGGACACCCACACCAUGUUGGUGGUAAAGGGGCCGCUAGACGAGAUCCAGAAGACCCUCAAAGCCGGAGACGUGACGGCGUAUGAGGUCGCAUGCGUCAACUCGCCCGUCGAAACCGUGCUGGCGGCGACCAACGAAGACAUGGUGGUGGUCCGGAAGACGCUUACGGAUGCCGGGAUCAAGACGACCCCUCUGAAGGUGCCCUACGCUUUUCACUCUUCCCAGGUCGAUCCGAUCUUGGAGGAGUUCAAGACCAUCGCACGGAACGUCACCUACUCCGAGGCCAAGGUCCCCGUCCUGUGUCCGCUGGAUGGCCAAGUCGUUGUCGGCGCGGGUGUCUUCGGCCCCGAAUACCUCGCGUCCCACACUCGACAACCGGUCAACAUGAUGCAAGCAUUGGCCAUUGCCAACAGCCGCCAGCUGAUUCCCGAAAACGGCGUCACGCUGGAGAUUGGCCCACACCCCGCCGUCUCGGGCAUGAUCAAGUCCGUCCUCGGCCACACCGUCACCUCUCUUGCUUCUUGCCAAAGAGGACGACCGGCGUUCCAGCUGUUGGCAACCACACUCAAGACGCUCUACACCAUGGGCGCGGAUAUCGCAUGGCCGUUAUAUCACCGGGACUUCUUGUCGUCCAGUAAAGUGCUCCCUCUGCCGGCGUAUAGCUGGGACCUGAAGCCCUAUUGGAUCCAGUACGUGAACGACUGGUCGUUGAGGAAGGGGGAUCCGCCCCUGACUAUCACCGCCGCCACCAAGCUCGAGAGCACCACCAUCCACCGUGUCGUGGAAGAGUCGGGAGGCUUGCAAACAGCACGUAUCGUGGCAGAGUCGGAUGUCGCCAGGAAGGAUUUCCGCCCGUUGAUCGAGGGCCACGAAGUUGACGGCGUCCCGCUCUGCACCCCGGCAGUCUAUACAGAUAUCGCCCUCGCACUGGGGAGGCAUCUGUUGGAUCGAUACCACCCAGAGAAGACCACGAGUAACAGUUGCCUCGAGAUAAGCGAUAUGACAAUCCUGAAGGCUCUGAUACUGAGGACGGACGCCAAUGCGAACCAAGUCCUCCGCGUGCAAGCGGAUGCCGACUGGGCCGCCAAUGCGGCCUCUGUAAAGUUCAUGACCUUGGACCACGAGAAGUUACAGGAACACUCGCAUUGUACGGUGCGGUUCAACGAUGGGAGUCUUCGGAAGAAGCUGCAGUUGGAAGUUCCCAUUAUCAAGCAGAAGAUGAGUGCUCUGCGAGACGGACUACAAACGCACACCACGGCUCGUUUCAACCGUGCCAUGGCGUACCGCGCCAUCCGUCCCCUCGCACGAUUCCACGACGGGUACCGGGCCGUGGAGGAGAUUGUGCUCAACAGCAAGACGCUGGAGGCUUCCAGCCGCCUGAGCUUCAAGGAUUUCCACAAAGAUGGGCACUUUCACACGCACCCCGGCCUGAUCGACGGCCUGACCUGGGCUGCCGGCUUCUCCAUGAACUGCAACGACUACAACGACCUGGACAAGGACGUCUUUGUGAACCACGGCUGGGGUUCCUUCCAGGUCUUUGAGGACAUGGACUUCUCUCGGGAUUACACUACCUAUUCGCGCAUGGUGGAGGGCAAAGACCGGCUGUGGCAGGGCGAAGUGAGCGUCCUGGAUGGUGACAAGAUCGUGGCCCACUUUACAAAAUUCGCGAUGCAAGGUGUUCCGCGCCGGGUCUUGAGGGCCAUCCUGAACAGUGAGAAGAAGAAGCCCAACCAGCUGCCUAGAGAGGAGGUGAAGCCGGCACUGCCUCGAGCAACGGCCGACAUCGGGCCACGUGCCAGACAAAACGUGUCCUCGUCGCCAACCAUCACGCGGGCUAUUUCCAUCAUCGCGGAAGAAAGUGGUCUCGCCGAGUCGGAUCUGACUGACGGCACGGUCUUUGCCGACGUGGGCAUCGACUCCCUCUUGGGGCUCACCAUUACGGCUCGCUUCAAGGAAGAACUGGACCUAGAUCUCGACUUCAACUCGCUGUUCUAUGAGUACCCCAGCAUUGGCGACCUUAAAGCGUUCCUGGGAGGAGAGGAGCCCAAGACCACCGGCUCUACCGCAACUCCGAGCACCGAGUCGAGCAACGAGGAAGAAACGGAUAUCUCUAGUGUUUCCACCCACCACGAAAAGGCCCCGGGUCUUUCCAAGGCCCAGCUUGAUCGCGCCAUCCAGAUCAUCUCAGAAGAGAGCGGCGUCGCCAGAGAAGACUUGACGGACGACAGCAACUUUUCGGAUUGCGGAGUCGACUCGCUGCUGUCUCUGGUCAUUGUCAGCCGGUUCCGGGACGAGCUCGAGCUCGACAUCCAGCACGAGUCGCUCUUUCUCGAGUGCCCGACAGUUGCAGAUCUCAAGCAGACUCUGGGUGGUCGCGCAGGUUCCGAGGUGCCGAAACAAGGGGGCUCCGGCCUGCAGGAUGGGAAGGCGGGUUCGAGUCAACACAUCGACAACGAAAAAGCGAUGGAAAACACGUCAGAAGCUCCCCGUCUCGACAUUUCUGACGCCAAUAAGACUACUACACCAGCCGCUGACACGGCUGCGCUGGAAAGCCGCAAGAAGGCCAUCGACGACUACGUCGACAAGUACACGGCGGGCUUCGUGGCCCCUGUCCCAUGCACGUCCGGGGACGCAACGCCGUACGACGCCAACGCCAAAGUGGUUCUCGUCACCGGAGCCACCGGAAGCCUCGGAGGCCACCUAGCCUUCCAGUUAGCCCAUCGCUCGGACGUGCGGGCCGUGGUGUGUUUGAACCGUGAGCACAAGACCGAGGCGGCGGCGCGCCAGAAGAAGGCAAUGAAGGACAAGGGCGUCCACUUCCCCGAUCAGCUCCUUUCCAAGCUUCGGGUACUGCAAGCCGACACGUCCAAGCCGCGGCUCGGACUGUCGGAGGCAGUCUACGAUGACCUCGCGGCAUCCGUCACCCACGUCGUCCACCAAGCGUGGCCCAUGAGCGUCAAGAGGCCCCUGUCCGGCUUCGAGCCCCAGUUCGCCGUCAUGCGCAACCUGGUCGACCUCGCAAGUGCUAUCGUGAGGAGGCGGCCGGCGGGGUUCCGCUGCGGCUUCCAGCUCGUCUCCUCUAUCAGCGUCGUGGGCAACUACCGGGGCAGCCGGGUGCCGGAGGACGCGGUCGGCAUCGAGUCGCUGCUCCCGGUCGGAUACGCCGAGGCCAAGUGGGGGUGCGAGCGCAUGCUCGAGGCCUUGUUGAGGCAGCACCCAGCGCACUUCCGUGCCAUGACCGUGAGGCUGGGCCAGAUCGCCGGGUCUAGCAUCAGCGGGUACUGGAACCCCAUGGAGCAUUUUGGCUUUAUCGUCAGAUCGUCCCAGACGCUCAACGCGCUCCCCGACGUCGACGGGCACGCAUACUGGACCCCCGUCAACACCAUCGCCAGCGCCCUCGCCGACCUGGGGCUGGCCGACUCCGACUGCUACGCCUUCUACCACAUUGAGAACCCGGUCGGCCAGCCCUGGCAGGAGCUGAACUCGGUACUGGCCGAUGCGCUCGGGAUACCGAACUUGAUUCCCCUGCGCGAGUGGACGCAACGCGUCAAGGCCGCACCACCGCGGAACAACCCGGCUUCGGCACUCGCCGAGUUUCUCGAGACCAACUACGAGCGCAUGUCUUGCGGCAGGCUCGUGUUGGACCCCACGCACGCACUCGAGCACUCGCCCACAUUAGCCGCUGCCGGUCCCGUCAGUGCGGAGGUCGUACGGAAGUAUGUCUAUGUUUGGAAAGAGAUUGGGUUCCUAAGCUAG